AUGGUCGAUGAUGAAGUCCCAUAGUCACCCCACCUAAUUCCUCGCCCGGCCCGAUAAUUCCAAUACACGUGGGUCGAGUUGGUAGUUGUGACGUGCUCGGCUCUACCUAUUACCUACCGUCAGUGAUGCUCCAUAAAGCCUGAUGCUAUCAUUCACUGUAAUCGAUCCCCAACCGUCCUCCCAUUUGUACAGCCAUGGCUAGGGACUCUCGGCGGGGGUCGCUACAGCCCUCACUGCACCAGAUGCAUGCCGUAGCAUCUCGCUCCGACACGCUCACCACGUUUGACGACUUCACCGUCCCCCCCGCCCCCUCGGUCGUUGGCGAGCCCAAGGGCAUAGAGUUGGUACAGGGAGGCUUUAGUGGGCUCUAUAGCCGUCUACGGGCUUCGGUAGGAGGAGGGAGCAGGGAACAAGCACAAGAUGGGUCUGGCAAUGGCGUUUCCAGGACUGGCACUCCGCCAGCGGCUGGCAACCGCAACAGUCCUGGAGGAACUUCAACAUCCUCACCCCAACUCGUAGCUCUGCCACCAUCAAGGCUGCAGUCGCCAGCGACGGCCACCUUCCCCGAAACCCUCCCGCCCUCGCGCGACUCCAACAUAUCCAGCACCACCUUCUCAAGCAAGGCCUCGCGGUCUCGCCCGUCAAUAAGCGCAAGCAUCGAGCCUGGCCCUGCGAAACAGGACGAAGUCUAUAUCAAGAGUCCUGUGAGUAUCCACUCCAAGAACCACAGCACCUCCACCAUCGACCUUCCACGAAGUAAUACACCGAGGGACUCUGCACUGGGAAGCCAGAAGGUAGACUCACCCCGCUUCAGCCGAGAAAACGCUGCUCCAAGACAACAAGGUGACUUUGAUCUCGUCGGCCAGGAGAGUGACGACACUGACGACGACGACGACUUGGGCGGUGCAAUCGGUCAAGCCUCCACAGGCGAUAGCAAGACCGGAUCCGAUACCCCACGUGAGAGUCUUAGCAGAGUAAGUUCUCGGACGGAUAGCCAGUAUCAGCCCAAUCGCUCUGUGCCCAACAGGGAGCUGCCUGAGAACUCUGCAGAGGGCACUCAACCCAAUCGUGUCGCAGUCAACCAAUCUACAACGCAUGCACCAGAGCCACAGCGCCCGCCACUGGUCCACGUAGGCCCUUCACAUCUCCCCGGUUUUCGCCCUUCACGCGCUUCUUCUUCUGAUGGCCUGAGCUCCGUCGUUACAGCUUCUACAAUUCGCAUGCCGACCGUCCCACCUAUUGAGGAAAUUCAGCGACAAGUCCAAGCUGCGCCUGCUGCAAAUACAAUGUCGAGGAGUACCUUCACCCAGAUGCGGAGGAAAAUCUUGGACCGCGAAUUCUGGAUGCGAGACGAGAACGCCAAAGCCUGCUUCAAUUGUGGUGAUGCCUUUACUACCUUUCGGCGCAAGCAUCACUGUCGCACGUGCGGACAGAUUUUUGACUCCAAAUGCACGUCGAUAGUAUCUGGCAAGAUGUUUGGCCAGCAGAGUAAUCUAAAGGUGUGCAAGCCAUGUGAGGGCAUCAUCUAUGGCCACGAUGACGAUUCAUCUGAUUACACAGACGACGGUGAUCAGGGUUCCAUAUAUGAUCCUGGCGACACAGCCCAGUACUCCGACCAGGAAGAGGCUGACCAUGUCGAGAGCGAUCACACCAAAAUCGGGACGCCGACAAUCAGCAUCCCCAUGUCUAGGAAAAUAGGCAAUGAGAAGAAGCGUCGACCCCAUGUCAUAGAAGUUGGUCCACAGACACUGGCCCGGCCGAGUUCUUCGCGAUCUCUGCGGUCCCUGGGGGGAAGACCGCGGUCGUCGAGCCACAAACGCCACCCUUCCAAACACCAACAUAUGCGCAACGUCAAGCACGAUGAUCGAGCCCCUUUCCAUCAGUAUCAUGACAAUUCACGCAGUCAGCCAAGUCUGUCUGCCUUCCACCAUGACAACAUCAUCGAUCCAGAUCUCGCUCCCUUCAUGUCUGACGAUGGCUCGAGUGAGGAAGAGCACCCCAGUAUCUUUGCGACCCUGAAAGACGAUCCCACGGCUACUGCCAAUCUGGAAAGCGAGCGAGGGGGAUUGGGUGGUCUGUUGGCCGCAAUGAGAAAGGGCAAAUCAAGGCCUGGCGACAGGAGCGUCUUCGGCACAAGCCACGCUCGAGAUGCAGAUAAUGUUAGCAUCGCAAGCCGCAACGGCAAUCGACCUUCCCGGCGGAGAAACCUUAGCGUAAGUAGCAUGACCCAUAGGGCAUCACCAAGACGAUCGAAGAGCAACUCAUUGUUGAGACCUUACACCGGUUACGGCGCUAGUGGGCCAGGUACACCACAAUUGCAGCCAUCUCCAUCGCCCACACCAUCUGGAUCACGAAUCACACGGAGUGCGUCAAUGCAAGGCAUGACUCCCAAAGUUGAGCUCAACAAGGCCAGCCUCGACCAUGCGCGGAAGCUGUUGAUUCAAAUGCUGCACGAUGCUGGUGUAUCACAUGCUUCAAAUUGGGAAAGGGCCCUGAUUCCAAUCUUACGCCAGUGUACAGAUGACGUCAACCCGGACGUGGACAGGGGCGACGACAUCGACGUGAGGAACUACAUCAAACUGAAGAAAAUCCCGGGCGGUAAGCCCAAGGAUACAGCCUACGUCUCGGGGGUUGUCUUCACAAAGAAUGUCGCUCUACGCAGCAUGCCACGCAGCAUUCCUAAUCCAAGGAUUGUUAUCAUAACAUUCGCUAUCGAAUACGCGCGUCACCAGGCGCACUUCAUGAGCCUCGAACCAGUCAUCGCACAGGAGCGGGAGUAUCUCCGCAACCUAGUCAGCCGCAUUGCAGCUCUUGAGCCUCACGUCUUGUUGGUACAGCGCAACGUGGCCGGCUUAGCUCUCGAGUUCCUAGAAAAGGAGGGCAUUGCCGUGGUAUACAACGUCAAGCCCACGGUGUUGAAUGCAGUCGCCAGGUGUACAAAUUCUAAGAUGAUCUCCUCCGUGGACAAACUUGCGACAGACCCUUCUCAUCUUGGCUCUUGUGGCAGCUUCGACGUGAAAACGUAUGUGCACAAGAACGCAAGAAAAACCUAUAUUUUUCUAUCGGGAUGCCAGAAGGAGCUCGGGUGUACAAUUGUCUUGAGGGGAGCCGAGAGCCAGGAGUUGGUCAAAUUGAAACGCGUCACCGAGUUCAUGACAUAUGUUGUGUACAACCUGCGUCUUGAGACUUGCCUCAUGCGGGAUGAGUUCAUAGACACACCCACGACUUCCAUCAUCGGCACUCUUGCAUCAAGCCAAAACGAGCAGGACGCCGCGCAACCACAGAAUACCGCAGACGCCGUCCAGCGGACAGCGGACGGUGACGACACACAGACCAAUGAUGCCGCGCCUUCGUAUUAUAGCGAUAUGGUCGAGAACCACCGAACCAAGAUUCUCUCUUCGUCUCCAUUUGUCAAGUUUAUGCAGCCAUAUCUGCUUGAGCAGGCUCGUCAGUAUGAGGCCAAACUGGGUCAUCUGAAGAAACUAAAGAACCAGUACACUGCCGACGACCAGGAAGAUGAGAAGCCCGGAGAAGUUGGCCAAAAGUUCGAACUCGUGCAGCCCGAGAUGGUUCACACCGUGGUAGAAAAGGCUUCAAAACAGGUUCGCGAGUUCUUAUCUGCAGUGCAUGCAUCGGAGUACGAUAAGGCGAUGCACCAGUACAUGACACAGAAGCGGCAAUGGGAACAGUACCUCUCAGGCAACACAGAUCUCUACGACCCUUUCAACCAUCAGAAGAUUGCUGUAUUGUAUAGCGUUGUUAAUACCACAACCUCUACACCCUGCAUCGGGCCAGAAAUCAUUGCACUUGGCUUUUACCAAGAGCACGACUACGACGACGGAUUCACACCAGACUGCACACUGGGACAGUACGUAGAAGACCUGUGUACCUCGGCCGGCGUCGCUUGCGAAGUGGGCAACUGCGACCGAAGAAUGCUCGAUCAUUCUCGUCAAUAUGUCCAUGGAGAAGGCCAGAUGACCGUUAUAGUACAAAAACAUCCACCAAAACUCAAGGGAAUGUAUCAAACUAUUCUCAUGUGGAGUUGCUGCAGGGUGUGUGGUCAGGAGACGCAGACUUUUCCAAUGUCGGAGUGGAGUUGGAGAUACUCGUUUGCAAAGUAUCUCGAGUUGACCUUUUGGAGCACGAAGCUGCAUCCGAGAGCAGGCAUAUGUCCCCACGACAUCCACAAGGACCAUGUUCGCUACUUUGGAUACAAUAAUGUAGCUCUUCGUAUCCAGUACGAUCCUGUACCCAUGUACGAGGUCAUUGCGCCAAAACCAAACGUUACCUGGAAAGUGGACAGCGACCUGAGGUUGAAGAACAGCCAGUAUCUGAUGAUUGAGGAAAAGCUGGACUGUUUCAUGAACUCUUUGCGCGCUCGAAUUCAGGGCAUACAUGUCGAGGACGUCAUUCCGGAAAAGGUUGAUUUGUGUCGAAAGGAGGUUGAUAUACUUCUCAAACGCACCAAUGAGGAACACGAGUGGUUAAAGGCCAAACUCCAGGACAAGUACAUGAGCUCCAAGUACUACGAGAUCAUUCCCAUGAAUCGCGCAAUCCGUGCAAUACAAGAAAAGGCCAUUGCCUGGGACGUGACAUUCAUGGAGUUCGAACAACAAUUCUUCCCAUCAGAGCGAGACAUCAGAAGAUAUGCAAAUAUGCAGCUGAAGAGAUUUUUGGAGCGAGACGAAUCUACGAGCUCUCUGGCAUCGGUGGAUGAGGGCACAGAGUCGGGUGCAGACGAUUCAUACCUUGACGAGAAGGAUGAUUCAAUUGCCCUGUCUCCAAGGCCUUCCAACAUGUCGCCUGAGAUGGCUCGCGACAUGUUGAGCUCCGUGGUGAAGGAAGAGAGUUCGGCUAGCGAUCAGCCUGCCGACGGUAGUACUACAUCUCCCGAGCACAAAACACCUACUUCGCCACGAUUCAGUUCCGAAUUGCCCAUACAAACGCCACGCGAAGCACUGGAGCGAGACGAUAUCCGCCACCUUGAUCUUGCGAUUCCGUCCAACUUUCCCGACAGUCCCACGGUUACUACUGAAGACAGCGAAACUCCUACCGGUGCUUCUGACCCCAACAAAUUCGAUGAAGGGUCACCCACUCCUACGAGUUAUCCCAAGGUGAAUCCUAUCGAUAAGUCUCUUGCGGAAGCGAUCGAGAACAUGCCCACUUCGCCGUCAACCUUGCAAUCAGGCCCCAACCCGAACGUAGAAAGUAAAAUACCACGUCUUGUUGACAAUGCCCGACGGGAGCCUGUGCAGAGACCCGCUACACUUGUCAGGACACAGUCUCAGCCGGGAAACAUUGCCAAGCAUAUUAGCCCCUCUGUCUUCAACAGUGGGCCUGCCGCACUGAAGCCGAAUACUGGGGACACAUCCAGAGCGUUUGAGCGCAUGACUGAGCGACUGGGACUGGGGCUGAGUACCCCUAAACAGUCCAAGAACUCCUCUCGAAUUCCACGUUCGAUUCCCUACAAGAGCCCCAACAAGGUGUCGAAGAUUGCGCAGCACUUUGAACAGCUCUCGAGAGAAUUUCAGAAUCAGCGCAUGCGUGAGCGGCGAAACGACAGAGCUAGACAAGUGCGUGCAUUUCCAUUAGCCUCUUCAAAGCCAGUUGUCGAGGUGUAUAAGAACGUACACGACGCCGUGCAAGAGAAUGAGGACUCUGACGAAGACUUGCCUGGUGGCUCACCUACACAUGAAAGUUUGGAUCACAGCAUGCUCGACGAUAGUACUCUUACAGAACAGACGGACGAUAUGACGAUAGCAUCGCAAUCUCCAGUCGAAGAGCGACAGACCAAAGAUCUGACAGCAGAACUCCCGUGUAGCGAUCAGUCACCAGAAAUCCCGAGUCAGUUCCAACCAGAUAACGAUAACGACAUUAGCGAUGCCGAUAUUACACCCGAGGACAUUCCUUUGCCAGACAGCCUCGCCAGUUCUCAGCUGCUGAACUUGAGUGAUUCUCAACUUGAAAACUCACUUGAAUUGCCCAAACAUGAAAAGAACACGCUGCUCAAGAUACUGACGAGCUUCUGGUCUGAGCGCUCAGCAAGUGGAUGGACACCGCUUGAAUACCCCUUCUCGCAGAUUGAACAUGUCUGGGAGAACUCUGACAUUAUCAUCCGGGAAGACGAGCCGAGUUCCAUCAUCGCCUUGGCGUUGUCGUGUCCUGAUUAUGUCGCCAAACGACAUUCGUUCCGUGAGGACAAUUCAGCAUCGGGUCACUUGGAGACUUUCGAGGAGUCAAUCGAGCGUAAUCUCUUGCAUGAAGAGAAUCACAACAUUCGCUAUAGCUUCACGAAUCGCGGAGUCAAGGCACAUUGCAAGAUCUUCUAUGCUCAGUCGUUCGACGCUCUCCGUCGCAAAUGCGGCGUCGCAGAGCGUUUCGUCGAAUCCCUCUCUCGCUGCUCGAAAUGGGACUCUAAGGGCGGAAAGUCCAAGUCCAUCUUCUUGAAAACACUCGACGACCGCUUCGUCCUCAAAUCCCUCUCUCCAGUAGAAGUACAGGCCUUUUUCAAGUUUGGCCCCAACUAUUUUGCUUUCACCCAUCAGAACUUGUUCAAAUCCCUACCCAGCGUCAUCGCCAAGAUGUUUGGUCUCUUCCAAGUGCAAAUCAAGACACCGACCGGUCGCGACUUCGACUGGUACAUGCUCGUCAUGGAAAACCUCUUUUACGAUCGCGAACCUAACCGGCGCUACGAUCUCAAGGGUAGUAUGCGGAACCGAAAGAUUCAGGCGACGGGCGAACGCGAUGAGGUGCUUUUGGACGAGAACCUGGUGGAUAUUAUCUAUUCGGAAACGCCCAUUUUUGUGCGCGAGCACACAAAGAAGCUGCUCAAGGCCAGCGUCUUCAACGACACGCUUUUCCUAUCUCAGAACAACGUCAUGGACUACUCGCUAAUGGCUGGAUUUGAUGAUACGAAUCGCGAGAUCAUUGUCGGCAUCAUCGACUGCAUCCGUACAUAUACAUGGGAUAAGAAGCUCGAGAGUUGGAUCAAAGAUCGGGGCAAGAACAAACCAACCAUCACAUCCCCACGUGACUAUCGCAAUAGGUUCCGGAUUGCGAUGGAAAAGUACAUCCUGCAAGCACCAAACUGCUGGCACCAGUUUAGCGGAAGGAUGACAAAUAUUUCGUCUGUCGGAGGCGGUAGCAGCUUUGCAUCAACGUCCAAGAUCGUGUCGCAACUCGAUGAUGGUACGCAGAAGGCGUUCUUCAUGAAGACGGGCAGUGGAAAGGAGGCAGAAGUCAUGUUUGAAGGACGGUCUGGCUCAAAGUCGGGAAAGGCACAGUCGCUAGCAGCCAAGCUGGCAAAGCUGCACACGACGCCCGCACCCAACCCAGAGGGCUACGAUAAGCCCAUGUUCGGCUUCCCGGCGACAACCUGUUGCGGCGAUACACCCCAGGAUAACAGCUAUAAGGAAAGCUGGGCAGAUUUCUACGCCGAGAAUCGCCUUAGAUUCAUUGUGCGGUAUGCAGAGCAGAGGGGUAGGCGGGACGGUGAGGUGCGGAAGCUAGUUGAGCGAACUGCUUCGGAAGUAGUGCCGCGACUUAUUGGCGAUGCGCAUCUCAAUAAUGGAAAAGGCGUUACACCUGUUGUUGUACAUGGCGACCUCUGGAGCGGAAAUGCGAGUGUAGGCGUCAUUGGAAGUGACAAGGGCGAGCCAGAGGAUGUGGUUUACGACUCCUCGGCCUGCUACGCGCAUAGCGAGUUUGAGCUCGGCAUCAUGAAGAUGUUUGGCGGCUUCGGUGGGAGCUUUCUGAAAGAGUACCACGAAAUAUGUCCGAAGACGGAGCCGGUGGAAGAAUAUGCGGAUAGAGUGAAACUGUAUGAGCUAUACCACCACCUCAAUCACUAUGCGAUGUUUGGUGGAAGUUAUCGCAGUGGGGCAGUUGGUAUCAUGAAUAAUCUGAUCAGGAAAUACGGCGGUGAUGGGUGA